AGUAUGACGUCACUGCAGUGGAGGGUUUAAAAGAAAGUGUUUUUGAAAUGUGUGGAAUAUGUUUGGUUGAUCAGAUAGACCUGAAAAUUACUAUUAUUUAUGAGAUUAGAUUACUUCAGUCUGAUACUACUAUGGAAAAGUACUAAGAUUGAAGAUUAGAUUGGACAUUGAAUAAUCAAAUCCAUCACCAUCAAGCAUUUAUUGUUAUGCUAUACCAUUGAAGUUAUGCCAUGGAUGUAGAUUCUGAUGAAGGUGGAGGAGAUGAACCUGACCAGAUCCUGAUACAUAAUUUUCAAGAAACAAUGGAUGAACACCAUGAUGAAGUUAUUAUUCCAUUUUCGAAUCACGAAGUUUCACUUGAACGUGCCGUAAAUAAUUUAGAACCAAAUCGCAUUCAACCUGAGAAUAUUAAUUUGGAACCAAAUCACGUUCAACCUGAGAAUAUUAAUUUAGAACCUAAUAGUGUUCAGCCUGAAAAUUUGGAUCAUAAUUAUGUGGACAUACCAAUCAAUAGGUUUUCAAAUGAUGAAAGAGUACCGUCCUUGACAGACUUAACAGAGGAAAGCAACCAUUGUCAUAGUCAAGAAACCAGUGAUAAAAACCAUGAGUAUGAAGAUGAUGGUGAUACCUGCCCCAUCUGCCUUGAUAGCUGGACAAAUUCUGGAGAACAUCGAAUCUGUGCUUUAAAGUGUGGUCACCUUUUUGGUUACAAGUGUUUAAACCGUUGGCUAGAAAGUCAGCCAAAGAAAUCGUGCCCCACAUGUAAAAAUUCAGUUCGCAAAAAUGACUUGAGAUUCAUUUAUGCUAAAAAAUUGGUAGCUGUUGAUACUGCAGAACUUGAUUUGAUGAAACAGCAGUUAGAUUUAGCCAUAGAAGAGAGAAAUAGAGCCUUAAUGGAUAUAUCGAAAUAUGUUUGUAGAGAGCACAUUCUGAACCAGGAAAUAGCUCAGUUGAAGAAGGAGAUCGAGGAAUUGAAAAAUGAUAGACUUGAAUCAAAAUAUUUUAGUAAUAACCUAACUAAUACUUAUUCCAAACCUCCACAUUUAUUCAUGGACAAAUCUUUAGAAGUUUGUAGACAAAAUGGUAGUCGUGUUUUCGAUGCCAGCUCCAUUUCAGAUUUAAUAAUCGCUUCUGCUAAAUCUCCAAACGGAUUAUUUUCAGGGUUUGGUAUCAGAAAGUUCAAUACCUCCUGCUAUAAACCAUUAGCUUUUAUUCCUCUUCAUAACAAGCAAAUCAGAGAUGUAUGUUUUCAUCCUGUCAACAAUUGGUUUCUCACCACCUCUUUGGAUAAGUCGUUCAAAGUUGUUGACACUAUUAGUAAUGUUGUUUCUCAUACCUCUUCACAUACUGUGCCACUCUGGUCUUGUUGUUGGGACAACAAUAACCAAAAUUUGUUAUAUGUCGGUACCCAAUCUGGAGAUGUAGUGAAAUAUGAUGUACGGGUGAUGAACACUGUAUUAUCUACACUAUCGGUGCCAGGUGACAUGUCACCUGUUGUGUCUGUAGCUAGUCUUCCCUCAAGUCCUACCGCUGAUUUGGUGAAUGGAGGAGUCAUUUCUUGCAAGUUGAACUCUUUGUGGGCAUUUGAAAAUGCAGGCAAUGAUUAUAAAAGACAUUCUCUCUCUAUAGAAGGCCCAUUCAUCAGUAUGAAAUACAAUGCCAGUAUGAAACAGUUACUCAUCUCCUCCAGACCAAAUAAUAGGAUAUCAUAUUCAAGACACUCACUGUGUACAUUAGAGAAAUCAAGUUCUGAAGAAAUUCAGUGUAAUAUAAUCCACACAUUCCAGGGAGGUGGAAUGCAGAAAUUGCUUUCAAAAUCUUGUUUUGUCACUGAUAAACAGGACUAUGUAGCAGCAUAUCAAGAAUCCAGUAAAAGUGUUUGGUUGUGGAGUAUUAGCUCUGGUCAGAGAGUGUGUUCGGUGCCAGCCCAUGAGCCCAUAUUGGACUUGGGAAGUGUCCAGAAUCAAAAUGGAAAUUAUUUAAUCACAUUGACUGAAAAGAAGCUGGAGUUUUUCAAGUUCAGCUAGGAAAAUAUUCUUUUUAUUAUCAUCUACAUCAUCUUUAUUUCUAUUUAUUGUAAAUAAGUGUAACUAAUUGAAUGAGGAUAUUUUUAUAUUCCUACUGGAUUGUAUUACUUUGAAUGUUUUUUCAAGGUGUUCCACCUGAUCCUUUUGAAAUUUUACACAUAUAUGUUAAAAUCAACGGAAGACUUUCCCUGACGAUUUCAUUACACAUCUCUUAAACAUGUUUUCCUGCUAUAUGACAAAUUCAUAAAAAAUAGAUUUUUCAAGAAAA